AUUUAAAAGUCCCACCUUUCAUUUCCAGUGAUAAAUUGGCUCUAUCAUCACCACGCAGAAAGCUUCAGGCACUCCUAAUAGUUUGGGUUUUCUCUCUUCUCAAUUCUUUUGGCUCUUGAAGCUUCAAUAGGAGAAGAAAGGGAUGAAGAACUUAUUUUAGUCACAGACCAACGCCAUGACUUAUGUAUUUCAGGUCAAUAUGAUGUCUGUAAUGCCAUGCUCUAUAAGCAAUGUUUCACUCAUUCCUGGAACUACAUUUACAACAAGGAUGAACAAUUGUUUGACAAGAGUCAGUUUGUCAAGGAAGUGCACUAAACUUCCAUCAUCCACCCAGAAGUAUCUGCUACCCUUGUCAACUUCUAUUAAGUUGCUCCCUCAACAUAGUAGGGGAUGUUCUUUGCAUCAUAUAUCGAGAACCAAUACAAUAUCAGCGACAGGCAUUGACGUGGCAGUGGAGGAACCAGGUUCACCCAUUCCAGAAGAAGUUUCUGGUGUAGCAUCAGAAGUUAAGCCUGAUGAAGUUGGAAGUGGUGAAGAAUCCUCCAAUGAUACAGAUAGCAGUCCUGCUCCAACUAAGUCCCAACGUCCAAGACCUGUUAGGAAAAGUGAGAUGCCCCCAGUAAAGGAUGAGGAACUGGUUCCUGGUGCAGCUUUUACUGGGAAAGUAAGAUCAAUUCAGCCUUUUGGUGCUUUUGUUGAUUUUGGAGCUUUCACCGAUGGCCUAGUGCAUGUUUCCAGGUUGAGUGAUAGCUAUGUUAAGGAUGUUGGAAGUAUUGUUUCCGUUGGGCAAGAGGUGCAGGUGAGAUUAGUUGAAGCAAACAUGGAGACAGGACGGAUUUCUCUCACUAUGCGUGGAAGUGACGAUAUUAGUACCCUGCAGCAGCGGAAAGAUUCUCCUCCCAGUAGUGAUAAGGCUGGAGCUGCAAAGAGAAACACUUCAAGGCCCAGCCAGAGGAAAGAUGAGAUGAAAAGGAGCUCAAAAUUUGUUAAGGGGCAGGACCUACAGGGCACUGUGAAGAAUUUGACAAGGUCUGGUGCUUUUAUAUCCCUUCCUGAGGGGGAAGAAGGGUUCCUCCCCACAUCAGAGGAAUCUAAUGAAGGAUUUGAAAACAUUAUGGGGAACUCUUCCCUUCAGAUUGGCCAAGAAGUCAGUGUCCGGGUGUUGCGCUUCUCAAGAGGGAAGGUAACAUUGACAAUGAAGAGGGAAGAAGAUGGUGCAAAGUUGGACUUACUGCUUAGCCAACAUGUUGUCCAUACUGCGACAAACCCUUUUGUGCUAGCUUUCCGUAAAAACAAGGAGAUUGCUUCAUUUUUGGAUGAGAGGCAAAAAUUAGACAAAGAAGCUGAAAAACCAGAGAUAGGAAAGACUCCAGGAGAAUUAGAAGAAAAAGUCGACCAAAAAAAAACUGAGAGAACAGUUAGUGUCUCUUCUACAGUUGAUGAAAUAAUUAAAGACAAUGAAGCUUCUUCAAAGGAGGCAGAUGUGGGAGCCAGCACGUUAGACAAGGAUGCCUCAACCGGUAUUGCAGACAAUGAAGAUGAAGAGGGCCCAGCCUCUAGCACUACACAAGGAAUUGAUAGUGCUGUCCAAACCGUAGAUAAACAAGCACAGGUGAAUUCUGAAGCACUGGCUCCUGAAGAGAUUACGUCGAUGACUUCACAGGUAAAUGUGGGAGCUGGCACAAUAGAUGAUACAUCCAUCAAUGUUUCAGAUGAUGGGAAGGAUCCAGAAAGCACUAUCUCUAGCUCAACAUCAAGUGUAGAUGGGGCUGUUCAAACCAUGGAUAAGGCAGCAGAGGUGAGUUCUGAAAUUCUGGUUCCUGAAGGAAGUAUAUCUGCUGUUACGCAGAUAAUUGAAGAGGCGCCUCCAACAGAUGGACUAGAAAAUGAUGGAAAAGCUGAGUCAGCUGGUGAAAUAUCUGGCAAAAGCUUGUCUUCAGAAAGUCCAGUAGUGGGAGACGUAAUAGAGGAUCAAGCUGAUGUCGCUGUAGUCAGUGAUGACACGUCUUUAGAGGUAGAUGUGGGAUCUAGUGCUUUAGAUGAUACGUCAACCAAUGUUGCAGAUGAUGAAAAGGGUCCAGAAAGUGCGCUCUCUAGUUCAACGUCAAGUGUGGAUGGUGCUGUUCAAACCAUAGAGAAAGCAGCGGAAACGAGUUCUGAAAUUUUGGCUUCUGAAGGAAGUAUAUCUGCUGUUACUCAGUUAAUUGAAGAGGCACCUUCACUUAUCAAGAAAACUGAAGAGGUACCUUCAAACGAUGGACUAGAAAAUGAUGGAAAAUCUGACUCAUCUGUUGAAAUAUCUGGUCAAAGCUUGUCUUCACAAAGUCCAGCAGUGGAAAACGUAAUAGAGGAUCAAUCUGAUGUUGCUGUAGUCAGUGAUGAGAUUAAUAUAAAAGCACCCAGUGCAGAGAAUGAUCCUCCUAGCACACCAAGUGAAGAAAACAAGGUGGGACCCAAUCCUGAUAAAAAUGGCAGUAUAACGAGCUCAGAUUUACAACCAGACACUCCUGCCCAGAAAACUGAACCUGCAGCUGCUAUAUCACCAGCUCUUGUGAAGCAGCUGCGUGAAGAAACAGGAGCUGGAAUGAUGGAUUGCAAGAAAGCUCUCUCAGAGACUGGAGGGGACGUUGUUAAAGCUCUGGAGUUCCUAAGAAAGAAAGGCUUAGCAAGUGCAGAAAAGAAAGCAAGCAGAGCCACUGCUGAAGGAAGGAUAGGGUCGUACAUCCAUGAUAGCAGGAUUGGUGUCUUGGUAGAGGUGAAUUGUGAGACAGAUUUUGUGUCCCGGGGUGACAUUUUUAAGGAGCUGGUUGAUGAUCUGGCCAUGCAAGUGGCUGCAUGCCCUCAGGUGCAGUACGUCAUUACAGAAGAUGUUCCAAAAGAAAUUGUGAACAAAGAAAGAGAGAUUGAGAUGCAGAGGGAGGAUCUAUUGUCAAAACCAGAGCAAAUCAGAUCAAAGAUAGUUGAAGGGAGAAUCACAAAGAGGCUCGAGGAGCUGGCAUUGCUUGAUCAGCCAUACAUCAAGAAUGACAAGUUGGUGGUCAAGGACUGGGUGAAGCAGACCAUCGCGACCAUUGGAGAAAAUAUAAAAGUGAAGAGGUUCGUGCGGUACAAUCUUGGAGAGGGCUUGGAGAAAAAAAGCCAAGAUUUUGCUGCUGAAGUAGCAGCCCAAACUGAAGCAAAAGUGGAACCCAAAACAGAAAAAGAACAGCCUGCUGUAGUAGAAGCCAAGGAAACUAUUCAGAAGCCACCAACAGUUACAGUGUCUGCUGCAUUGGUUAAACAACUACGAGAUGAAUCUGGAGCAGGGAUGAUGGACUGCAAGAAGGCUCUUGCUGAAACCGGAGGAGAUCUUGAGAAGGCACAGGAGUACCUUAGGAAAAAGGGUCUUUCAACUGCUGACAAGAAAUCGAGCCGUCUUGCAGCUGAAGGCAGAAUUGGGUCCUACAUUCACGACUCCCGCAUAGGAGUGCUAAUCGAAGUGAACUGUGAGACUGACUUUGUAGGUAGAAGUGAAAAUUUCAAGGAGUUGGUUGAUGAUCUGGCAAUGCAAGUGGUGGCCUGCCCGCAGGUGCAAUUUGUAUCCACCGAGGAUAUUCCGGAGAGCAUUAAGAACAAGGAGAAAGAGCUAGAGAUGCAGAGAGAGGACAUCUUAUCAAAACCCGAGAACAUUAGAGAGAGAAUUGUUGAGGGGAGGAUCUCAAAGAGGCUUGGAGAGAUGGCUCUUUUGGAGCAGCCUUUCAUUAAGAAUGAUAGUAUUUUGGUGAAGGACUUGGUGAAACAAACUGUUGCUGCAAUUGGGGAGAACAUAAAAGUUAGAAGGUUUGUCCGGUUCACCCUUGGGGAAACAGUUGAACAUGCAAAAACAGGAACUGAAGCAUGAGAUGGAUAUAGAUACAUCAAUUUCAGCAUGAAGCAGAUAUAGGGAUGGUUCGUUGGCAAUUACAGUGAGAUGGAGGCUGGCUGAGACUAAUUUUAGAUGAGAGUAAUCUGAUUUUUUUUGUUCUGAUUAAAGUUGGUUUAAAUAUGCAGUACUAAGCUACUUUCGGCAUCUAUAUUUUGAGAUGAGAUGAGGAGUGUCUCUGUUAUCUAUCCAUCUGCAGCAUGAAAGCUGCAUAAUAUUCAA